AUGGGCAUCCCGCUCGGCUGGAACAUUGUGCGCAACCAGGCAAAGGAGGAGGACGUGCUGCGCGUCGACGUGACGGGGGGCCGAUCGCCCAUCCGGCGGCGCGCGCGAGGGAGCAGACCGCCGAGGGGCCACGCGCGGACUGCCUUUGACACGGACGCUCUGGUGCAUGCGUCGACGUCACGCCUCACGCCCUUCACCCACUUGAUCCACCGAGUCGAGCACGCUCCGCGUCUGUCGCACGCGCGCACCCAUCUGCCCCCCGCGCGCACCCAGCUGCCCCCCGCGCCCCCUGCCCCGCCUGCGCCUGCCCUGCGCGACGACAGCCGGCGCCGCGGGGGCCUGCAGUUGCGCUCUCGCAGCACAGAGGGCGACGGGCCAGCAGACAGCGAGCGCCCUCUGCCAGCCCUGACUCCAGGAUUCGCGCCCGCCGGCCUUCGUCCGCUGCACCGCGCCGCCGCCGCCGCCGACGAACGAGCCCGCGUGAGGCGCCAGCAACGCGAACGCAGAGCCGUUGAAGAGAGCGACCGGCCGCGAAGAGUGCCAGCGCCACCAAGAGCCACGUCGCCCAGGCCUGCUUAUGCACGCCGCACACAAGUGAGCAACUUCUUCAUCGACGACAACGACAACAACAACGACAACAACGACGACAACAACAACGACAACAACGACGACAACAACAACGACAACAACAACGACAACGACAACGACGACAACGACAACGACGACAACGACGACAACGACAACGACAACGAAAACGACAACGACAACGACGAUACCCCCACCACCGCCACACACGCCGCCGUCUCCCACCCACCCCUCCGCCGCGUGGGCCACCGCCGCAUAGCCGACGGCCCGCUGCCCGCCUCGUCCCUCCGCGAGUCCUGGUCGCCCGUCUCGACGCUGGACGGCCUCGGCGACCGCGAGCGCAGCAACAGCGUCUCCUCGACCUCGUCCCAUCUCCCCUGGCAGACGUUCUUGAGCACCGUGGUGCCGGACCCCGUCGCGCCCACCGCCGAGUCGUCCUUUGCCUCGGCCGCAGCCAGCGCAAGCUUCACAGCCUCGAGCAGCAGGGCGAGCAGUAGCAAUUCCAACUCGGCUCGCUCCGAGAACACCCAUCUUACCGUUCCAUCUCGGCGCGCCAGUCCUGGGCUCCGUGCCAGGCCACAGACCAACGAGAGCUUUGCACGCGCCUGCGAGUCCUCCGACGAAGGCGACUCCACAGCCUCCGACACCGAAGACGAGGCCUCCGCCAACCCCCUCUCGCGCCGCCGCAUGCGUCCCAGCUACUUUGCAGACGAGCCGCCGAGCCCGCGACGCUACGACAGGGGUCUGAUGCGACUGGGACCAGACGAGGGGAGGUAUGCGACGUCCUACUUUUCCGAUCCCAACUUUGCUCGAUUCUCAGGUCCGCUCGAUGGGCCAAUCGACGGUCCCGAGGACGUUGAAGCGCCCACGAGCUUUGCAACGGUAGACGACGAUGCCAUGCCGGCGACGACACCUGCCUCACCGCUGGACCAGGAGCUGAGGGACGCAAGGAGCUUGCUUGAACGCCUCGCGCGCCGGGACGACGUUAGCGACGAUUUCUGGGCGAGUGUCGGCUUGACGAGGAGCUUUGCCGACGGAGUCGAGCGCGUCCAAGAGCGCGGGCACUUUUAG